AAAGAAAAUCGUUUGAGGAUUUUUCUAUGGCAAGUAGCAGCGCUCUAUCGGCAGCAGCGACGCUCACAAAAUCCGCCAAUUCCUUCGCCUCCAGCAGCAGCUCCAGCUCCGCCUCCGCCCCCUCCAGGAAAUCCGGGAGCUUCAAAUGCGGGAUGAGAAUCCGGGCCGAGAGCGACGGCAGCAAAGGAUCUACGACAAAAUCUCCCCCACCGGUGGAAUUGGAGCGCUCCCCGGCCGAUAAGCUCGUGGAUGGAAUGUCGUUCGGCCAGCUGUGCGAUGAAUUUCAGUGCAUAAGCAGCCCCUCCGUGGAAGCUACGUGCCGUCAGCUCGCGAGAGAUAUCCUGGAAAUUCGAGAUGGGAAUAGAGCUCUGGGAACCCUGGCCUACUUUGUCAAAUACAAGGAUCCAUUGAGGUCUUUCCAAGGACGAUUGAAGUACAAUAGGCCGUCGUGGACGAGAACUGCCUUGGAGAAUCCAACAGUGGCAGUGCGUCAAAUGGAGAUGGUGUCGACGAGCGUGCUACGAAUCCAGUGCACGAUACAAGGAAGGCCAAAACUUGCUGCUGCUUCCUUCGUUGGCGAUGUUCGUGUCAACGUAACGUCGACUUUCACUCUCAACCAGAUCAGUGGCCAGGUUCUGGAGCACCGAGAGGAGUGGGACCUCUCCGGCAACUCUCCUCUGGCUCAGGCAUACUUUUGGUUCUCCAGGAUUGCGUACUCCACAGUAGAAGCUGGCAAGGAUACGUCGGAGCUAGUCCAAGGGGUAUCCAAGGUUAUUGACAAGAACUUGGGCGAUGACAGCAACAUCUACGUCGAUCCGACCGAUCCAAAGAAGUUCUUCCAAGUGGAUGAUAAUCGCCAAAAGGACAUUUACCAAGUUGGCCUGGUGCUUGCGCUGCUCUACCUCCUUGUCCAGUUCUUAAAACUCACACUUUGACCAUAAACCGAACUUGAUUGUAUAGAACCGUUUUGACUGCGCAAGCGACUUGUAAAAUGCCUUCGUACACUACAGAUAGUAACAGGAUUAUCGUCUUAAACACGUUCUUCUUUGUUUUCUUUGCUUUUUCUCUUUUCUCCCUUUUUUUUCUUCUCUUGAGCCUUCCGUGGCGUGUUC